GUUUCGAUCGUAAAUCUGUCGAUUUGAAUUAGGCAGAAAUAGUCACCCGAAAGCAAGAAAAUAAGAUAAACAAACGAUUUCUUUUCAUUAAAAAAUACGUUGUUAUUAUUAUUAUUCAGUUCUUUUGAAAUGGCUUCUACCUUAGAUAGUUAUGUGAAUCAUACUGUUUCUAUCAUAACUGCUGAUGGACGGAAUAUAGUAGGAACUUUGAAAGGAUUUGAUCAGACCAUUAAUUUAAUCCUCGAUGAAAGCCAUGAGCGGGUGUACAGCUCAUCCCAAGGAAUUGAGCAGGUGGUUUUGGGCCUGUAUAUUGUCAGAGGAGAUAAUGUGGCUGUUGUGGGUGAAGUGGAUGAUGAAUUAGAUGCUAGAUUAGAUUUAUCUAAUAUUAAAGCCGAGCCACUGAAUCCUGUUGUUCACUAAUAACUCUUUUAAUCGAACAAUUUUAUGUCAUUUUUAACUAACUCAUUUAACUCAUCCAUGUAGAUAUUGUAUUACUCGCUAUUAUCUCACAAUAAAAGUUUCAUGCAUGAGAA